AUGACAGCUUGGAUUGCAGACUAUGUAGCAAGUUGUCCUGUGUGUGCCAGGUACAAAGCUCCUCGUCACUGUCCAUAUGGUUUGCUACAGCCACUAGCAACACCAGACAGACCCUGGGGCUCCAUAUCCCUCGACUUCAUCAAAGGACUACCACCAUCGAAGAAGUAUGACUCCAAGACCUAUGACUCUAUCUUAGUCAUUGUUGACAGGUUAACCAAGUUUGCCAUACUAGCUCCAACCCAUAAGACAGUCAUGGCCAAACAGACUGCAGUGUUGCUAUACAGACACAUGGUUAGACUCUUCAGAUACCCAGAUCACAUGGUCUCAGACCAAGGCAGGCAGUUCAUAUCAGGAGCAUGGAAGGCAUUUGCAGAACAAAUGGGUGUGAAGCACUCACUUAGCACAGCUUACCAUCCUCAAACUGAUGGUCAGACAGAGAGGGUCAAUCAGGUCAUAGAGCAGUACCUAAGGAUGUACUGCAACUAUGAACAGAAUGACUGGGCCGACCUGCUGGACACUGCAGCCUUUGUAUACAACAACAUGGUCCACAACAGCAUUGGUGUCUCACCAUUCUUUGCAUGCUAUGGAUGGAACCCCAAAGCUCAUCCUGAUAUCCCUCAACGACUAGGAGUCAAUGACCCAGGUCGCUUUGAGUACCUCAUGGAUGGAAAGGAGCAUUGCAAGUACCUCCAGGAGCAGAUCAGAGAGGCACAACAUAGAUCAGUAGACCAGUAUAACAGGAAGCACAAGGACAUUGAGUUCAAGGUGGCAAACCUUAGGGUGCAUGAUGUGUUCCAUGUCUCCAUGCUUGAACUAGCAAGAACAAGUUCUCUUCCUCAACGAGCUGAACAGCCCACCAUACCAUCACUUCCAGAUGAGGACCUUGAUUUCGAAGUCGAAGCACUCAUUGACAAGCGUUCACACAAUGGGACUACAGAGUACAAAGUGUUGUGGAGAGGGUAUGCAGAAGAAGCUGCUUCAUGGGAACCAGUAGAGAACCUCAGCUGCCCCGACCUCAUCCAGGAGUAUGAGGUGUCGGAGGGGGGACAAGCGAGUAGACAAAGUAGAGAGAGGAGGAGAGAACAGGAGGAGUAG